CAUCCAGAUUUUCAGCUUGAGGGGCACUAAAGGGCUCACUGACACCCCUUUAAAUAUCCUGUUCAAUGUCCAGAGAAGCUGAGGUGAAGGGAGAGUGCAGUGCCCCUUCUCCACUUCCUCUGAGGUGCUUGUAACUUGAGACCCUGUUCCACUGGCUCCCCGUCUCCUUGGACACCAGAGGCUGCAGGAACUAACUUGUACCAAACACACAGCAGCUAGCGGCUAGCCUCCUGCUCCAGGCUAUGAGGGGUCUGUUGACCACAAGGGACCAGCACUGCUGGAAGGAGUUGAUUGAGAAAGAGGCUUUCAGCAGGGUCAGCUGGAAGGUGAAGUACGGGCACAAGUUCCCCAGGCUAGAGCCCUGCAGUGGCCCCAGGAGGAAAUGUAUUCUACCUGCUAUUUGCCCUCCCAAGGAGCAGGAGGAGAGGCUCAGUCCCCCUAGGACCCAGGAGGAGGGAACUGGCUUUAAGAAGCAGGGGGAGGGGAUAAGCCUCCCCAGGAAGCAGGAGGAUAAGGAUCAGGAGCCCCUUCUUAAGGAAAUGAGACCUGCCACCCCCAAGACCAAGCAUCUGCUGUACCAGGGCAUCUCCCGGGAAGGCCAAGGAAGGCACCUGUACCUGCAGGAGAGAAAGCUGAAGAAUCCUGAGGAGAAAUUCCACUAUCCAGUCCUGUCAUCCUGGGAGUAUGGCUGGCGCUUAGGAGACGUUAUUACUGAAAUCAAGGCUCCAAUUCAUGCCAGGUCUGGAAUUGUAAAGGAUACUUUCUACAUCAGAAAUGGAGUCUUCCAUCAUCCAUCAAAAAGUGACAAGCUGUCGUGAGCUUCGGUGUUUGUUACAUAUAUUAGAAAUGUAAAACUCCAUGCUGUUGCCUAGUAUGACUGGUUUUAUGUCAGAUCUGCAACCUCUGUAAUUAUUUCCCUCUUUAAUUGUUUCUGUGGGAGACAAGUUUAAGGUUUCUAAUUCAGAACCUGCUCUAUUCUCUGUAUAGUUUUAACUUUCGAAUGUAUUCAUUUGAAACUAAUUUUGUUUUAUUUUCAGGCUGUCUUUUGGGUUUAAAUGCACCUGCAACAUAGACCAUGUAACUUUAUUACUCUACGGCAGAAAACCUUGGAGUUUUCACUUUGUUUCCUUGUCUAGGUUAUCACAUUAAAAAAUUUUAAAGAACCCGUCUACAGCUGAACAAUCAUAGUUCCACAGCGACUGGGGCAGAACUAAACAACAUGAAACUGAGUGAAAUAAAAUCCAUUCAGUGAAAGGGAUAAUAAAUUUCUAGGUAGUAAUAUGUCUAAAAGAUCAUUCGUUGAAAUAUUUUGUUUCACUUUAUAUAGCAUCUAAUAUCCCCACAAAUAACCUUAGCAUUUGACUGAAAUUUGAUAGUAGCAGGAAGUCUCCUUUAAUUGUUUCCAGGCUUAUACAUUACUAGAGAAACGAAUAUUGUGAAAUCCCUCAUGAUGAGCACGUUCUAAAACAAAGCAGCACUUUACCUUUAGACAACUAUGUACUUUCGUGGUAUAAGCACAGAUGUGGGAGCCAGGAACACAAGCUCUACUGUUUGCUCUGAUACUAAUUGUCUCUCUGACUUUGGGUAAGUCAUGCAACCUCUCUGCCUCACUCUUCCUUCCCUGUGAUAUGGGGGAAGUUCUUUACCUACCUACGUUGGGGGGGAUGCAUGUUAAUCAAUGUCUUAAAAGCACUUGAAAAGUAGUUAUUGAUCUUUUGUCUUCAGAAUCAUCCAGUCUCAUAGGCCUUUGUUCUUUAUCCAGUUUUCUCUGUAGUUAACUUUUUACCUCCUUCACCUGGUUUCCAAUUUCAGGCCCAAAGCUAACCUUUAGCAACUAGUUUACAGGUCUUCCCUUCUCCCCUAGGGACAAAAUCACAAGAGGGGCCAAGGCACUUGAGGGCUGCACAGUAGAAGAUGCGGAGGGGCACCAUAAUAAUUAAUGCUGCUUCUGGUUGCAUUAACUCGACUGGAUUUGUGCUCAGAAAUCUUGAGAUCAGCCAGGAAAGUUGCACAAGGCUUCUAACCUCCUGCUCCAUAUCUAGCUCCUCCCACACCUCCCCCCCCCCCCAAUCCACCAAGCGCCAGGGGCUCUCAGAGGCAUACUCCUCCUGUACCCAACCUAGCCAGGUUUACUAGAGCGGGGUCACUUCUUCUCCUGGAGGCAAAUUGAACAAUCCAGUCCCAAGAAAUUUCAGUCCAUAUUACUGGCUGCAUGGAAUGUUGUUUUACAAUGUACUUAGUGACGAUCACUGUGUUGUAAGUCUGAACAGAGUCUGAGGGGGAUGGCACGUUAUCUCGUGCUAGUAUGGCCCAGCUGUUGCAGGGGCUUCAUCUAUCUCUGCAUCUGCUUUCUUUAAGAACAUAUCUGCUGGUUGUACUAAACCUGGGAAGAUGAGUCUGAAACCUGAAGUCAAAAACUAUAUUUAACACUGCAAAGUAGCUGAAGAACCUCUGAGAGCCUGGUAACUUGGAUAAAGGAGAACAGCAAAUAAUAUUCUACAAGAAAUAGUGUAGAUCAGUUGUUAUCCUGGGAGCUCCCAUGUGGGAUGUGGAAUUCAGCAUCUAACCUAAGUAUGUCCAUGUGUCUAGAAAAAAUUAAUUGGUACAAAAGCCUUGAAAUGUCCAACUACCUGAUUCCUAUUAGUAAAUAUUUUUAAAAGAAUUUCCCUUAUAUUAUGGCAACUCAGAAAUACGAAGGCACCUUUAACAAACAUUCAUUAAUAUGUUCUGUGAAGUUUUCCUGUUCCAAGGAAAAAGUAUGACUCUUCCAAGUUUUCCUGGCAUUGCACAUGCAUUCCUGGUACUAAUAGGGGGAAAAAACCCACCUCAGCAUUCUUUUGGUCAUUCAUUAAAAUGCCAGUGUUUCAGUACUGGUACCUCCUUGAGAAUCAAAGAGGAAGUAGAAUGACUUGCCAAACUAAUUUUUCAUCAUAAGUCUACACUAACAAUUAAUAAUCAAUAGGACUCUUAUUUUAAAAGGUUAUGAAAAUAGUGCCGGUGCAUUACAGAAUCUGUUUCUUGCCAGACAUCCACUUUGUGUUGCUUCCCAAAGAUCCUUUGGGAACAGGCCUUUAAAUUUCAUUUUGGAAUCUGUCAGAUUUUUAUUUAUUUUGAUUUAUUUAACUAAAUUGUGCAUUCAUAUUUGUAUGUACUGAACUGUAUCACAUUUUUUUUAAAGCUAGCACUGUCACUAAAUCUAUUUCUACUAGGAUUUAAAACUCAUUUCACUCUAAUUUUGCUAGGAUUUAAAUUUCAUAUGUUUCAUAACAAAUAGCCUAAUGUAUCUGAUUUUUUUUUUUUAAUUAAAAGGAAAAGUGUCUGUAUGAGAGUGUCAGAAUUUGUGUUUGGCAGUUCUGUGCCAUCAUUUCGCUGAUCCUUUGUAAGGCCCUAGUUUUGCAAAUACUUACAUGUACUGAGCUUGAAUCCGUUGAGCAGUCCCAUUGAUUUCAAUGGAGUUAAAGUUAAGCAUGUGCAUAAGUGUUUAUAGGAUCAGGGGCUAUAUCUGAUGAAGUAUAGCCUAUUAUCUUGUGUGUAUGGGUUUGCUGAAAAUUGUGGUUGGGAAGAUGAUUAAAUGGGCAAAAGGGGAUGCUUC